UGGUGAAGCCCACCUGUUACCACCGAGAUAACCCCUCCAAAGAACAAACGCCCGUAACACAGCAAUGCCAUUCUCGAGGUAGUAUAGGUCCUGCCAGACACAUAUAAUGAAGCGCUCAUACUCGCCAAAUCCCCCGUUGGGAGGAGCUCUUAAAAGAACGGCGACCCAGCCGUCGACCAUGAAGCUCGUCCUCUCCACCUCCAACAUCAUUACCGGCGACGGCUCAAUACUGAGACCAUCAGGGAGGUCGGACACGGAGCUGACGACGUCAUUGCGAUCGAACUUCAGGUCGGCACGCGACGCUGCGUCGACGGGCGAGGGUCAAGACGUGUCUUACAAGCUGUGGACCACGCAAGAUGGCGACAUCCUGUACAUACCUUCGAUAGAUGCUUCCAACCAGGGCUUGGCGGAAGAGCGUGCGUCGUACGACAUCACCGUCAAACUGUUCUACCUGCCCAACGUUCCGCCUUCGAGAAGAUGUGCUCACACGAAGGAGGCCGUCGACCUCGUGCUGAAAGAGCUCAAGGUGGACAGCAUAGACCUGCUCAUCGUCUCGUUUCCCAACAUAGUAUUUGAUGCCGAAGACGAGUCGGAAGAAGACGAGUUUUCGGACGCUUCGUCCGGCGAUCCCAACGCGCCGGAGGACAUUGCAACCAUGCUGCAGACCUGGCGCACAAUAGAGGGUCUGCACGAGAAGGGCAUAGUAGACAAGCUGGGCCUUGCAGAAUUUGGCACAGGACGCCUAACCCGUAUACUGGCGGAGGCAAAGGUAAGGCCGACCGUAGAUCAGAUCAACGUACGCGAUUGCUGUGUGGUGCCAAAGCCACUGAUCUUGUUCGCCAAGAAAGAGGGCAUAGAGCUGCUUACCCACAGCGAUUGCACGAAUAUCCUACCUCAGGGAACACUGAGGGAACUUUUGGGGCCCGUCGAGAACGGCGUCGGUGUGCUGGCUGCAGGAUCCGAGAAUUUAGCCGUUGCUACCGACGGCUUGAAAGGCGAUAUUGAGCCGCAGUGGGUGGUCAAGUACACAGCUGUGGUGAAGAAUAGAGGCGUCGUGGAGAAUAAAGGCUACUUUGCUGUGGCAGAACUUAAGAAUACAUAAUCGCUACCAAUUAUCCCUUCCAACAAACCGACCAUCCGUCUCUACUUCUGAAGGGCCCUGAAUCAAAUCUAUCGUUACAAAUUUGUGGUCUCGGGGCAUACCUUCUGCAAACACGGCUGUGUCAAUGCUGUCCGGGAGAAUUUUGUAGUCUUUAAGCCAAAUUUAUAACCAUCCCUUUGCCGGUGGAUAUUUGUUGA